AGUCGAGAUGGCGGCGCCCACGUUACGAGGAUCGGUGUAGCUUGUUUACACUGAGCCGCCGUAGAAAAGAUGCGUCCCGGGCGCUCGCACCAUCACCGUGUGCACGAUUUCCGCGUCAGUCGUCCUUCUUAUCCGAAAUAAUCAACGUGCCUAGCAUCCGUUUAUGGUUUACGCUUCAAGGAAGAGCAGCCGGACGGAGAACUUCGGCUCAUUGUAUCACCAUGCGUACGAGCACCGACGGCCCAGACGAUAUUCUUGAACGGCUGCCCUCUACAAACAUAACCAUCGGGCACACGCCAAAACAAAGCGAAAGAGAUCACGGUGACAUCGCAGCAGAGCCAGUACAUCAGGCAGCACCGAGUCCGGCUUGUGAGUCGGGAGAAGCUGUAAAACCAUCACCAGAGCCAGCGUGUGAGCCGGGCCGUGUCACCGAUAAAUCUGUUCAAGUACGGCUGCUAACCCACCACGAAGCAUCACAAGCAGGGGAAAAGAAAAUUCUAUCAACAAGUGCUACACAAACAGAGCCACAAGCUGUUUCUUCAGGUUCCCUGUCAUUUGCGUCUCUGGAACGGUCUUCUUCAUUGGAGCCUGUACGAGGUCGACUGCAUUCCUGCGAGCAGUGCACCUACGUGACACGUAAUAAGUCACAUUUGACCAGCCACCUUCGGACACACAUAGGUGAAGGCUCCUUCCAGUGCCACUUAUGCCCAGCUGCAUUCGCUAAGGACUUCAAGCUGACGGCUCACAUGCGCACUCACCCAGGAGAGCGUCCCUUUUCCUGUGUUCACUGCAGUGCAUCCUAUAAGCGGCAUUAUGACCUCCUUGUCCACAUGCGCACCCACACAGGAGAGCGCCCCUUUUCCUGUGUCCAGUGCAAUGCAUCAUUUUCGCGGAAAGAGUACCUCAGUGUCCACAUGCGCACUCACACAGGAGAUCGUCCCUUUUCUUGUGUGCACUGCAAUGCAACCUUUGCGCGGAAAGCGAGCCUCGUGAUGCACAUCCGCGCUCACACAGGAGAGCGUCCCUUCUCCUGUGUCCACUGCAGUGCAUCAUUUUCGCGAAGACAAUGUCUCUUGAUGCACCUCCGCACUCACACAGGAGAGCGUCCCUACUCGUGCGUCCACUGCAGUGCAUCUUUUUUACAAAAACACCAGCUCAAUAGCCACAUGUUCCGCCGUCAUGAAAAGAAGAAGUCAUAAAUGUGAGUGGCCUAUGGGCUUCCCUCGAAAAUAAGUUUGUUGAUUAGAAGGGAAAGUUUGGUUUAAGGGGACACUAAAGGCAAAUAACAUUUUAUUUCAGAGUGAAAGGCUAAUGUUUGAGAACGUCUGAAAUGUGAGUGUUAUCAACCACAGGGCUCUACUAAUCGAGAAAUUACGGUAACUGUAGAAGAUAAUAUGCGCCACCACUGGGACAUUUUAGAGUGAGCACGAUGACGUCAAGAGUCCCAAAUACAAUAAUCGCUAGGUGCUCAAACUACUUAUAAUAAAAAAUAACAUUCCGUGCAUUACAAGAGCUACUAAAAGCCUGCUUGAGCUUUACUGUUUGAUUCUUGCGGGUUCGAUUCCGGUCGCGGCGGUCGCAUUUCGGUGGAGGCGAAAUGGCAGAGGCCCGUGCACUGUGCGAUGUCAGUGCACAUUAAAGAACACCAGAUGGUCGAAAUUUCCGGAGCCAUCCACUACGGCGCGCUUCAUAAUCAUGUAUUGAUUUUGGCACGUAAAACCCUAGAUAUUAUUACUGUUUGAUUCACUCAAAAGAUAACGUUUUGGUGUUACCUUGGAGAACGGCGCGGGUGGUCCAAAAGUUCCGUUUUCGCCGCGCUGCGCUCUGCUCACGCGUGUCAGUGAUAGUUUCCGCUUGCGUAGUCGGAUCUCGAGGGUACUUUCAUUAUCACGAAUUGCUGCGCGUGCUUUGCUAGCCGCGAGACCCGCUCUAACUGCAAUCUAUAGAAAAUGGCGCGUCCAUGUAACCUCUUUUAAAGCCCGAAUUGUGUACGCCACUUGACGAGUAGCAGCUGGAGCAACGAAAUCAACGACACACCGAUGGGCGCCACGGAGGUAACUCCUACGCUCGAAGUGUCUUAAGUGCCGCACUUAUGCGACAGUGAGAUGAACGUUAAGAAAAGAAAAAUGCUCGUGUGCUCCCUGCAUUUCCGUGUAGAUGAUUACUAAACCAUCCGUAACGUAAGCAAGUCGCGUAACCCGCCCUUCAAAGUUCUCCUUCCCCACAACGCUGUUGCGUUGGUCUUGUCAGGAUACUGCGCGCCCAUGUAAGGGAAAUGGAACAAUAAAGAAAGGGGUCGAAGGUUUCAAAAAAGUAAAACUGUAUAAUAGCUAGGGCUAUAUAUUAUUCACGUGGAUGUUUUCGUGAACCGUCCCUCUCCGCGCCUCAAAGCCAAAUGAGUCUCCAGGCGCUUCACGACUCCUCAGAUAGGAUGAACAUUGGUCCUAAGUGUAUCACAUAAUUGAAGGCUGCGCACACCGAUUUCAUGGUACACAUGGGCUGGUCGUGUCGCAUUUUGGUGGCACGGCGCCCCACCGGCGUAAACAGAGGCUCACUGAACGGCAUCAGCACAAAUGCCCGCACGCAGAUGAGGCGGCCGUACUCCAGAGCUCCGGACCGCAUACAGAUUCUUCCUGACACUACACAGCAGUGUCCGAGUAGCCGCUUCCUUGUAAUUAUUCCAUUGGCGGGGCUCGCAGUGUUGACACGCUGAGCCCUUUCUUGGACUACGUUUCUAGGUGCACCAUUCGUCGGGGAUGACCUCGGCGAUGCUGCAUUGUCGCCGCCACUACAGAGAAGAUAACGAUCGGCUCCGUCGAGUAAUCCGCCCAGGUGCUUGCGGCAGUGCAGCGCCUAAGCCUCAAUCAAAUGAACUUCUUCCAGUGAAGUGGCGGUUCUUUGGGAAGCCUGACAGGCCCACCUCACUCUUUCCUGGGAAUGGAAAACAGGUGGCCCAUCACGUUCUUCCCCGUUGGAGCGGACGCUGCGCCGUGCUUCCUAUACAUAACUUGCAAGUGACGUCAGUUCCUGUCUUCCGUCCGCCAUCACCGAGCACAUACGUCUCAGUGACCGCGCUGUGUUUACGUUCGUGCGCGGAUCGUUCGGCGAAGUGCGCGUGUUUUGAUAGUUUGCCUUGCGCUUAUGACGAACGAGAAUCGUUCAGGACAUUAUGCAGCCUGCAGUUUCGUCAGUGGUGUCGCACGUAGUGGUUGAAAAAGCUUCGCACGAGUCACCUACAGCGGCGCUCUUCACCGCCUAGCAUUUUGCGGCGCUCAAACUGCACAGAUUUCGUCACUGAUUGCUGCAUAAAACUAUGGCCCAAUAACAUGUUUGGCGCCCAGUCGGGGUUCGUUUCACCGGAGAGCUAAGAGGGCCUCCGGAAAACCAAGGCGCGAUCGCUGUGUUCAAUUCGGUGCUUCGUUUCGACAAAACAGUCCUCGCGCAUAACUCCGUGGUGAUACACUCGGCGAAAAGGUGAGGAGAUUCGGAAGCAUAACUUGCCUGUUAUGAAGUGACACCCGCACAGACAAACGUUGUGCAACCUUCGAGGUACUUCCUGUUUACGCGCGCAUAAGCCAUGUGCUCCGCUUCUCGGACAGCUCUUUCGUGCGGUCGCACGGCUUUGUGAUCACGUUUGGCAAACAGUACGUCCCCGCGUCUGGUCACCUUUUUUUUUAUUGAUUCGCACUUCUCGUGCUGCAGCCAAAUAUCGCACAAAUCACCGUUGCGUUGUGCAGCGUUGACGGGAAAUGCGAGAGCCGCA